UUGCUUGGUAUCGUAGAAAUCGCAGCUGAUUCUGCGAUUUAAGCCUUCCUUAUACCCCCCCUUUAUACGCCAAUGAAGCAAAGUGCCCAUCACCCGAGGCCCUGUUCAUCCCGUGUACUCGCCGUGAACUCGUCCCCAUCACCCGAUGGCUGCCGAGUUCCCCAAACAUCCCUUUCUCCUCUCGGUCCGGGAGGUUGAGCAGGCCGUCGGCACAGAUGUCGACAAGGGCCUGACUUCCUCCCGGGCUGCCGAGCUGCAGCAACAAUACCCCCCCAAUGAACUGGACGUCGGCGGCAGCAUUGCCUGGUAUACCAUCUUUAUCAGACAGCUAUGCAAUGCCAUGAUCCUGGUUCUCUUUUUCGCCAUGGCCCUGAGCUUUGGCGUGGCCGACUACAUCGAAGGUGGUGUGUUGGCGGCCGUCAUCGUGCUCAAUGUGUCAAUUGGGUUUUACCAAGAGUAUGGCGCCGAGAAGAAGAUGGAUGCGCUCCGUGCCCUGUCUUCCCCUAGCGCAAGCGUCCUUCGCGACGGCAAGACCAUCGUCAUUCCCAACGCUGAAGUCAUCCCCGGCGACGUCAUUAACCUCAAGAUGGGCGAUACGGUUCCGGCCGACGUGCGGCUCUUCGAGGCCAUGAACCUGAACUGCGACGAGUCGUCGCUCACGGGCGAGGCGAUUCCCGUGGACAAGCAGACCAACAACGACAUCAUGGUGCCGGGCACGGAGAAGCCGGCGGCGACCGAGGACGAGGUCGGUAUCGCGGACCGCAUCAACAUGGCGUACGCGACUACCAUCGUGCGCAAGGGCCGCGGCCGCGGCAUUGUCGUCGCCACGGGUAUGCAGACCGAGGUCGGCAAGAUCGCCGCCUCCACCAACAAGAAGCGCCGCAAGGCCGGCCGUUCCAUGAACUGGAAGAAGUACGGCAAGGCCCAGCCCAUCAAGGGCGGCUUCCGCCGCACCUACGACUUCUUGGGCAAGUUUCUGGGUCUGACUGAGGGUACGCCGCUCCAGAUCAAGCUCGCGAAGCUGGCCUACUUUCUGUUCUUCUGCGCCCUGCUCCUGGCUGUCAUCGUGUUUGGCGUGAACAAGUUCGUCCAGCCGCUGCCCAAGGAGGUCGUGAUUUAUGCCAUCUCGACCGGUAUCGCUAUCAUUCCCGAGUCGCUCGUUGCCGUCUUGACUAUUUCCAUGGUUGUGGCAACCACUGUGAUGAGGAAGGCCAACGUUGUCGUUCGCGAUCUCUCCGCGCUUGAAGCCCUCGGCGGUGUCACCAACAUUUGCUCGGACAAGACGGGCACGCUAACUCAGGGCGCCAUGAUCGUCAAGAAGGUCUGGCUGCCACCUUCGCACAUCUACACGGUAUCUGGCUCGACGGACCCCAACGACCCCUACAAGGGCACGGUCGGGGACCAGCCGCAGGCGGAAGAGAAGAAGCGCGACUUCGAUGAGGAGCGCACUACCCAGGCGAUCAAGUUUGACGGUGUUCCCGACGAGAAGCUCAACCCGAAGCCGGCGGAGCCCAAGAUGGCCGACAUGACGCCCGAGCUGCGCAUGUUCACGCUGUCGGCGGCGCUGUGCAACCUGGCAACGGUGCGGUACGACGACGGCGAGAGCGCGUGGAAGACCACGGGUGAGCCGACCGAAAUUGCCCUGCAGAUCUUCACCCACCGCUUCGACCGCAACAAAAAGGCUAUGGAGGCCCUCGGCUGGUCGCAGGUCGCCGAAUUCCCCUUCGACAGCAGCAUCAAGCGCAUGUCGGUCGUCUACAACGCCCCGCAGGACAACGACGCCGACAUCGACUCCGCCAACAGCAUCGUCUUCACCAAGGGCGCCGUCGAGCGCGUCCUGGACCUGUGCGCCUACGUGGGCACUGGCGAGAACCAGGAGGCCAUGACGCCCGAGAUGAAGGACAAAAUCCUCGAGCAGAUGACCAGCUUCGCCUCCAUGGGCCAGCGUGUGCUGGCCGUGGCUUACCGCCCCUGGAAGGGCAAGUACGACGCUGCCGCGGUGGCCGCUACCUCGGCCAAUCCCUCGGACGAGAGCGACCCGGCUGAAGACGCGGCGCGCACAGCGGUCGAGCAGGACCUGAUCCUCCUGGGCCUGGCUGGUAUCUACGACCCCCCGCGCCGCGAGACUUCCCCGUCCAUUUUCGAGUGCUCCAAGGCGGGCAUCAAGGUACACAUGCUGACGGGCGACCACCCGGAGACGGCCAAGGCAAUCGCGAAGGAGGUGGGCAUCCUGCCGAGCAACAUGGGUGUGCUCCCGACCGGUGUGGCCAACACGGUGGUGAUGAAGGCGACCGACUUCGACAAGAUGACCGAGGCGGAGAUCGACGCGCUGGAGGAUCUGCCGCUGGUGAUCGCGCGUUGCGCACCCGAGACCAAGUCGCGCAUGGUGGAGGCGCUGCGGCGCCGCGACGCCUUCAUGGCCAUGACGGGCGAUGGUGUUAACGACGCGCCGUCGCUGAGCCGCGCCGACGUCGGUAUUGCUAUGGGUUCCGGUAGCGACGUGGCCAAGUCGGCCGCCAAGAUUGUCCUGACGGACGACAAGUUCAACAGUAUCGUCUCCGCCAUCAAGGAGGGCCGCCGCAUGUUCGAGAACAUCCAGAAGUUCGUGCUGCACCUUCUGAGCAGCAACGUCGGCGAGGUCAUCCUCUUGAUCGCCGGUCUCGGAUUCCAGGAUGAGACGGGCUUCUCGGUGUUCCCCAUCUCGCCCCUGGAGAUUCUGUGGAUUAACAUGGUUACCUCGUCGUUCCCGGCCUUCGGGCUCGGCCGAGAGAAGGCAGGUGCCGAGGUGAUGCGCAAGCCGCCGCACGACAAGCGUCGCGGAGUGUUCACCAACCAGAUCCUGGCCGACAUGAUGGUGUACGGCCUGCUGAUGGGCACCUGCACGCUCAUGACCUUCGUCAUCGUGGUCUAUGGCAUGCACGGCGGGGCGCUCGGGCACGACUGCAACCGCGUCUACUCGGACGUGUGUGAGCCCGUCUUCCGGGCUCGCGCGGCCGUCUUCGCCGAGCUCACGUGGCUCAUCUUGCUCAGCGCGUGGGAGUUCAAGGACAUCCGUCGGUCGCUGUUCCGCCUCAACCCCGAGGACACGUCGCGGUUCCCGCUGUUCAAGGACCUGUACAACAACCGCUUCCUGUUCUGGGCCGUGGCUAUCGGCCUGGUUAGUGUGUUCCCGACCGUGUACAUUCCCUACCUCAACCGCGACGUCUUCAAGCACACGUCCAUCAGCUGGGAGUGGGGCGUCGUGGUCGGCAUGACGCUCAUCUACGUCGUGGGCAUCGAAGCCUGGAAGUACGUCAAGCGCACGCUGAACAUCCUGGACGACCACAAGGUGGUGCAGGGCAGCUGGUCGCAGGGUGAGGAGGGUACCAAGAAGUUCUACAAGAGCAUGGGCCUCGGCAACCUGAAGAACUGGCUAAGCGCGGGACGAACCAUGAGCGCAAGCCGGACCGAGUCCAGGUCCAAGGCCCCGUCCAACGGCGGGUUGACGCCGGCGACGACGCAGCAGAAGACGGUGCAGGGUAUCCCCCCUGUGUGAAUGCUGCAACUGCUAGUUAUAGAGGCCACAAGAUUUGUCGGAAUAGUAGACUUGGAUCCUGUGCGAGGCCAUGGCCUGUGGCUCAUAUCCAUAUUAUCUGAGAGUGGGAGCCGGUUUCAAAAAGGAGAGGAGGGGCAGAU